GCAGGGACAGUUUCGGUAUUUACAGAACAGCCUGUAAACCGCAUGCAGUCGCCCGGGAGUCCACUGCGACCUCCACACGGUUCGCCCCGCACUGAAAAAGAGCUAUGGCGCCCUUGUCGUUGUCUCUUCUGAGACAAACGGAGUGUCUACAGAGGGCGAAUGUUUUCAGUAACCUCUUACAGGGUUUACGCCACCGCCCGUGCAGGUCUCGCUUGUGGACACGGAAUUUCAGUGCGGUAACCCGUGAAGUCGGUCAACUCCUGUCCCGCCAGCCGGGAGCCAAAAACUACGCAGCAUCAGUUUGUAGCAGCUCCUAUGCAGGUCAGGACAUGACCGAGAGGCUGUGGUCUCUGUACAAUGAGACAAAGAGGCAGACUGAAGUCAUUUCCACCGACUCUGUGGACCCAGACACCAUUUUUGCCAACAACGAGAUGAGCCUGCGAGACAUAGAGAUCUACGGCUUUGACUAUGACUACACCCUGGCAUUCUACUCCAGCCACCUCCACACGCUCAUCUUCAACAUAGCACGGGACAUCCUCAUCGCUAACCACCGGUAUCCAGAGGAUCUGCGAGCGUAUGAGUAUAUUCCAAAUUUUGCCGUGCGGGGGCUUCACUAUGACGUCCAGAAGGCACUGCUGAUGAAGAUAGAUGCUUUCCACUACAUCCAGUUGGGAACUGUAUACAGGGGUCUUCAUCCAGUGCCUGACGAGGAAGUAAUUGCCAUGUAUGAAGGCUCUCACGUACCUCUGGAGAUCAUGAGUGACUUCUACGGCAAGAGUUCGCAUGGCCACGCCAUGAAACAGUUCAUGGACAUUUUCUCCCUGCCCGAGAUGACCCUCCUGUCGUGUGUCAAUGACUUCUUCAUGCAGCACAACAUCGACUACGAGCCGGUUCAUCUCUACAAAGACGUUAAGGAAGCUAUUAGAGAUGUUCACGUCAAGGGCAUUAUGUACCGAGCUGUGGAGGCAGAUAUUGGGAAAUAUAUCUGCUACGGUGAGCAGAGCCACGCGGUGCUGAAGAAGUUGUCGGAGCACGGGAAAAAAAUGUUCCUCAUUACCAAUAGCCCUUUUGAUUUUGUGGACCGAGGAAUGAACUUCAUUGUUGGAAAAGACUGGAGGGACCUGUUUGAUGUCGUUAUUGUUCAAGCUGACAAACCCAGUUUCUUCAAUGACAGGAGAAAACCUUUCAGGCGAGUAACAGACAAAGGUGCACUGCUGUGGGACAGAAUUCACAAACUGGAAAAAGGACAGAUCUACAAACAGGGAAACCUGUAUGAGUUUCUCCGGCUGACCGGCUGGAGCGGAUCUAAAGUGCUCUACUUCGGAGAUCACAUCUACAGCGACUUGGCAGAUCUAACACUGAAACAUGGCUGGAGGACGGGCGCCAUCAUCCCUGAGCUGAGGAAGGAGAUCAAGAUCAUGAACACGCAGCAGUACGCUCACAUGAUGAUGUGGUUACAGGCGCUGACCGGACUCAUCGAACAGAUGCAGGUUCACAGGGAUCCAGAAUCUCAAGCCGUAGUCGAUGAGUGGAUCAGAGAAAGAGAAGCCAUGAGGCCGCAGACAAAGGACAUCUUCAACGGUCAGUUCGGGAGUCUGUUCCGGACGUACCACAACCCCACCUACUUCUCACGCCGACUCUCGCGGUUCGCUGACAUCUACAUGGCCUCCAUCAGCUGCCUGCUCAACUACGACCUCAAGCACACAUUCUUCCCUCGCCGCACUCCCCUGCAGCACGAGUCCCCCUUCUGGCCCGAGCACAGUCCUGCCAUCUUGAACGUCCCCUCUAAGACGCCUCAAGACCAGAGCAGAGUCUGAUUAGAAAAUGAAGACUGAUCAGCUUUUAACUUUUUUCAUUCAUGUAGUUUUUCAUGUUUUUAGAAGAUGCAUGCCACACGUUUAAAUUAUGUAUAAUUGGUAACAAACAUGUAACAUUUUGAUGUUCAGUCUAGUGCUUUUUAAGCCAAAGCACGUGGAAGAGAGAACAUAUAGGUGCACUAUCUAAUCAACAGGGGGCAGCCAUGUAUCAAGUUUCUCAUGUGUUUCUGUGGUAUGAAUUGAUUACAGAGAUUAUCUUUGCCUUUUUGUCCAAGGCAUCUAUUGGUGCAGUGGGAAUUUACAUUUACAUUUACAGACUCUGUUGCCUUAAUCUCUUGUUCACGUUAUAUUGGGGGUUUUUUUUGUGUUAGACUGACAUAAUUUAUGGUAAUCAAGCUUUUUCAAAUUUUGCCUGCAAAUGUCAUUAUGUGCUGCACAGUGUGACACGCAAUGCACUUUGAUGUUCUUUGUAUUUAGUAGUUUUAGCUGUACAAUACAGGCUGUAUGUCUCAUUUCAGCAGAUGAGAAAUGCUAAUAUUUCUCAGGAAAAAAUAGAACGUAGUUGCUAUCUUUAGUACGACCGUCGCUACUUGAUCUGUGAAAGAGGCGGCAUUCGAUUUCUUGUUUUGUUUUGGGUUUUUUUUUUGUUUUGUUUUGUUGUGUUUUUGCAGAUACUGGGUGGAAUGUUUUCACACUUCCUGAAGCGAUAUCUUGUUGAGGAUAUAUCUGAAACGUUGAGUAAGCCGAAGUUUUUUUUUUAAUGCAUUUGAAAAAGGGAAAAUAACAGUGGCCACAACCAAGACCUCAUAGUUUGUGUUUCUGUCGUUUUAAAAAAGAAAAAAUGCAUAUUUUUUAUGUUUUAUUUCACUAUAUUUAUUAAACAAGAAACGGCCUGAUCCUA